UAUCGAGAGAGCGCGCGCGGCGCGGGGCGAGGGCGCGCGCGGCAGGUGACCGGCGGUCUGCGCGGCCGAUGUGGGCAGCGGGUGGGUGCUGCUCCCGACAGGCAGAUGCGAUAGCUAGCAGGCACUCAUGCGUGACGGAGUGACUAACCGUGGCGCGGUGGCAGGCGACGCGGGCGGCGGGCCGGCCGCGCGGGCGCCGGUCAAGACCUUCCAGGCCUACCUGCCGCCGGCCCACCGCACCUACAGCUGCAUCCACUGCCGCGCGCAUCUGGCCAGCCAUGACGAGCUUAUAUCUAAGUCGUUCCAAGGCAGCCAGGGGCGCGCAUAUCUCUUCAAUUCAGUGUAAGUAUACUUUUUGUAGCUAGUUUAAUACAUAAUAUUUUGUAUCCAGUUUUAAGACAAUAUCUAAUGGCCAAAUGGCCUGAGCAAUCCUCAUCAAUUUCCAGCAGAUAAAGUGCAGGUCAAGAAGAAUAGCAUUGCUGAUCAGUGCUUGUUUUUUGUUCUGUUUUUUUACACUCAUGCUUCACCC